CUGACAGCUAAUUUGUUUUUGUUUUGGGCGUUUUGGCCGUAUUUUGUUUGAAUCCAUUGGUUAUCUGAAAAAUACUUCUUGUCGAAAUUGUUGAUAUUUCGUGAUGUUUUUUGUGUAUGAGCAGUCUUCUGAUGCUCAAGUGAGAAUAUUGAAGACAGUUUCAAAGUUGAGCAGUUUCAUCACAUGCGCCUAUAUUCCUGCUCUAUUUUACUUUUUGCAUAAAUCUAACAAACUGUACAAAGUUUGCGAUGAUAACGUACUUCUUUACAUCGUUCUGAUAGAGGAAGUCUUAAGGUAUGCUUUGUGCUUGCCUUGGAGUAAACUGAAGAAAUCCAAGAAGUCAAACAAAGAAAACUGGAUUGUGAAGGAAUUUGUUAAUAUUUUUAACACAUUUUUUGCCACAGCUGUAGUUGCUGCCUUGUUCCACAUUGUUUCAGUACUUUUAGGAGCACCUUUUUAUGAUAAUUUCUGUAAAACUUUCCGUUUUUCAUUACUGAUUUCUAUGUUGACUGUAUUACCCCAGGGACUUUUGUAUGGGUCUCAAAUUAUCAUCCAUCUCUUCACUUCAGUCUUUGAUAAUGAGAUUACCUUUCCAAGUUGCAUUUUAAAUGUUAGAUUGACGAUAUUGGGUGCCUGGUUAGGGUCCUGUCUUAUUCCAUUGGAUUGGAAUAGGCCUUAUCAAGUGUGGCCUACUCCAUGUUGUUUGGGUGCAUUGGCUGGUUGUUUCAUUGCUAAUUUGAUACAGUUGGUCAGCCCAGAUAAAAAACUAAAAAAGGAUCAUUGUUUUAGCCUGUGUAAGUAGAGAACUACGCAUAUCUGACACCUGCCAAUAUUUAUGUUUUUGCUUUGCGUAGGGUGAAGACUUCAAGUUUGGUAAUUUGUUCCAAUACAUCAUCUUAUUAGACUGUAAAUUUUUCAUAAGAGAGGGAUGUUAAUCAUUAUGCUGGGUCCUCUCAGGAGCAUGGUUAUCUCAGAGUCUGUUUGGAAUUUUUUGUCCCCUUUUUUGUAAUAUCUGUAUAGAAUGUAUUUCAUGACAGUUAAGAACAUUUUUUAUGAGCUGGAUUCCUACAUGAGAGUAUUAUGGAGACAUAUUUUGAUAUCCUUGUUUUUCCACAGGAUAUUCCUGCUAUCGACAAUAUGUGGAUGGAGACUAGAUCUAAGAAAGCUGCCCUUAAACUAGAAAAAUUGGACAAUGAUUUGAAAAACUACAAAUCAAACUCAAUCAAGGAAAGCAUCCGUAGGGGUCAUGAUGAUCUUGGUGACCACUAUUUAGAUUGUGGUGACCUUUCUAAUGCUCUCAAAUGUUAUUCUAGAGCUAGAGAUUAUUGUACUAGUGGAAAGCAUGUAGUCAACAUGUGCUUGAAUGUGAUCAAAGUUUCUGUGUAUCUACAAAAUUGGUCUCAUGUCUUGAGUUAUGUUUCCAAGGCAGAGAGUACUCCUGAUUUCUGUGAAACUCAAACCAAGGAUUCAAAUCAGGUCAUCAUGACUAGGCUCAAGUGUGCUGCAGGAUUGGCUGAGCUGGCAACAAAAAAAUACAAAUCUGCUGCAAAACACUUUCUACAAGCCAAUUUAGAUCAUUGUGACUUCCCUGAGCUUUUGUCUCCCAACAAUGUCGCAAUGUAUGGUGGCUUAUGCGCCCUGGCGACCUUUGAUCGGCAUGAACUACAGAAGAAUGUCAUAUUUAGCAGCUCGUUUAAACUGUUCCUAGAGCUGGAACCGCAGUUGCGCGACAUCAUUUUCAAGUUCUAUGAGUCCAAGUAUGCACAGUGUUUGAAGUUGCUGGAUGAGAUAAAGGAUAAUCUGUUGUUGGAUAUGUACAUCGCGCCGCAUAUCAGCACGCUGUAUAUGCAGAUCAGAAAUAGGGCGUUGAUACAGUAUUUCAGCCCAUAUUUAUCAGCCGAUAUGCAUAAGAUGGCAGAAGCAUUCAACCGUACUGUCCCAGCUCUGGAGGACGAACUGAUGCAGCUGAUUUUGGAAGGUCAAAUCCAGGCACGAAUUGACUCGCACAACAAAAUUCUCUUCGCUAAAGACGUUGAUCAGCGCAGUACCACGUUCGAGAAGAGUUUGCUGAUCGGAAAGGAGUACCAAAGGAGGACUAGGAUGUUGAUUUUGAGGGCGGCUGUUUUGAAGAACAAGAUCCAUGUCAAGGUUAGUAUAUGCAAGAUGUGCGAAUUCCAGUACUAUCCAUGAGGCCAGAAUUCACCGAAUAGAUUGAAAUCAGUGCUCAAAUUUCUCUUUCUAGUUCAGUACUAUGUUCAAAUUCAUUAGUUGUGUGAGAGUUCUUAGUAACUGGUAGGUGUCUUAUCUGAUACUUCAUUCUUCUUCUAUGGAACAAAAACGUCCGAUUUUUUUGAUAAUUUUAUUUUUCAAUAUAAUCCCCCCUACAUCAAUGCACUUCCGACAUUUCUCCUCGAGUCAACUUAUACCCUUAUAAAAAAUCUUUCCU